GGAUGUUUCCGUCAAAUGUUUUGGCAAACGUUGCACACGCAAGUGCCUUUGUUCAUGCACGACUAUAAAACGACCUCGUCUAUUAGACGGUCUCACAACAGUAGAGUUUCCCUUAGCGAAUCAAGAAAGUUCCACGUGCAAGCGAAACAUAAAGAUGAAGUCUUUCGCAAUUAUAUUUGCCGCCUUUGCGGUCGGAACGAGGAAAUUCCCGUAAACACGCCGGAGCAACUAAAAGAGCUGGUUGCAUUGUAUGAGGAGAACUUCGAGAAGCUCGUGAACUUCGCCAUAAAAAUGGGCAAAAACGAGGAUGACAAUAAGCAAAAGGUCCGACAAUACGCUAUACAAUUUCUAAAUCAGCUUAGCUCGCUUAUCGAACAACUCGUCCAAGGACAAUCGAGGGUGAGAAAUGUGCAUACUAAGCUUGACAACGAUACAGAUUCUCUCUUACAGGCAUCAAUGAGGAACGUAAAUAAUAAUGUAGAUAACGUAAAAGAGCUAAUCAAUAUGAUGAAGAAGAUUGAUAUUGUCUCUCAAGACGGGGAGAUUACUGAUGAGCAUAUUCGCAUCAAACGGGCCGCCGAAGGAUACGAAGCCGCGUCUUUCGCAACGGAAGAACGGAUGACUAAUGAGUUAAUUGAUAUUCAACGUCAGGUGGCGCAAAUUCGAAAAUAUUUAGACAAGUUAUGCAAAAAACAUCCGACGUCGACAGCCAUUUUUGAAGUGAAUUCCGAUGACGACAUUUCUUCCAUUGAACAGUUAAAUAAAGUAGCGAUUAUGUGAAAUAGACGCUCUAAAACAGAGCCUAAUACACAUUAAUAUAUUAAAGUUCCGAUGUAAUGUACGAAUGCAAAUGAUUAAAUUUUAAUGAUUUAAAAUAUAUUCCUUCUACAAUGUCGAAAGUUGUGAAAGAUCUAAUGGUAUUUUAAUAAAUACGCUAAAGUCUCUUUGAGCAAUUAUCAAUGUAUUACUUUGUAUUUAGGCUAUAAUUAAUUAAAACGCGAAUAAAUGAUGUGAACGAAACGAGUAAACAAUUAUAAUAAAAUUCUAAACGACGUA